AUGCAAAUCGCCGACCAGCGCGGCUACCACCACGGCGUUCCCCAGGUGCAGGAGCCGCAACCGCCUCACGACCAGACCAGCCCGUCUUCGCCGACCAGCCAGAGCGCCAAUGGUCGCAAUUGGGGCUCUGCAUUCCCCGGAGUGCCGCCAACCAGCCAUGUCCGCGGAUGGCACCCGCAGCAGCCGCCCUACGACCAGCCCCGCAGCAACAUACAUCCUGACCUCGAAUUUGGGCAAAACUCGGACGAGCGCUUGGGAGUAAACUUCCUCUUGGACAACCGCGCUAAAUUGAAUAAUGGUGUACCUCAUGGUGGAUCUGCAGGCAUGCAGUCUUCUGGUCUGGACUUUAACGGUCGCCCGCUGGAGGCCUGGAACACUUUGCCCCGCAGUCUGGACGCAACAUGUCCUCUGGAUAGUCUCUUGCUUGACUUCCUGGCUGAGAGACAUACCCAGGCGGCUGAAGGUGCUCCAAUCAAAAGCCUUGUCGGACCAGCAUAUCCUGACUUUUCCUACCUUCUAAAUCCGGAGAAGCAAAAUCAGUCGCAUCCUCUGUCCAAAGUCUUCACCGACAUUCUAAGCACCUUCCCCGACAUCUCAGGCUUGCCGGAGCGGGUCGCGGUGCUGUACAUCAUGUUUCUGUUGAUGCGGUGGCAGAUCGAACCCACCCAAGAAAAUUACGAGCGCCUGCCGGACUGGAUGACCCCACGUCCAAGUCAGCUUUUCGCCCCACACCCUGUAUGGAAUGACUAUAUACCUUGGCCUCGCCUCCGUGACCGCAUCAUAACAGAUCAGCCGCAACAACCCUUCGACAACUUCUUCAUCCCCUACACCACCUCCCUCUCGCUCAACUGGCCCCACAAUCCCCGUGACUGUCUCCUUCACGCCUCGUCUGCUGCCGCGGCAAGCGGAAUCAACACCACCUCAAGCGGAAUCCCUGUCGACCCCGCUACCGAAGCAUCCCCCGCACCCGCCGCUCCUACCUCGUCCUCCUCCACCCCCGAAGGUUCCCCCAAGGUGGCGGAAGGUGAGGGCAGCGCCGGCAGCAGCAAUGGCAGCAACGCUGACGGAAACGGCACCGCUGCCGCCGCCGAGGAGGAUGAGGACCAGUGGGUCAUCAACCCAGCCUUCGAGGCGCACCUGCGCAACAUCGACAACUGGAGCCUUGGUCCCCAGUUCAGGGCCGCGUUUCCGGAGCUGGCAGCAUACGUGAAGAUCGUAGAGCAAUGA